AUGUCGCUACUGCACAGCCCGAAAGCCACUCGCUCGGGAAAAGUGCAUGGUGGCACAGACAAAGAAGAAAACGAAGAGGAAAACAACCAACAGCGCUCGGCCGGAGCGAUGGAUGCUCUGAGCCGGAAGAUUAGUGUCCUGAGUCGCCAGCGCAAGAAGGCAGCUGAUAAGAUCAAGCGGAUCGGAGGAAUUGUGAUAGACGACGACGCCGACGUAUCCGUGCCGAAAUUGAAAGUGUACAUGAAGAAUGUCGACGCAGCCUACAGUGAGUUCAAUGGUUUCCACAAUCAACUCGCUGAGAUCAUCCCGGAUGAAGAGAUGGAGGAGCACGACCAAGUGUACAUCGAGUUCGAGAAGGACUACCACGAAGUGUCAUCGUACAUCGAAGAGAUGCAGAUGGACGCGGCGAAGAACGAAGCUCCUGAAAUCAAGCCCCAAGUCAUCGUCCAGCAGCAACCGCUGAAGGCACCGAUACCAACAUUCGACGGCCGAUACGAGAAUUGGCCAAAAUUCAAGGCGAUGUUCCUCGACGUGAUGGCUAAGUCCAAUGAUACUGACGCCAUCAAGUUAUAUCACUUGGACAAAGCUCUCGUCGGAACAGCAGCAGGAAUCCUCGACGCCAGGACGAUGAACGAGAACAACUACGCUCACGCGUGGAACAUUCUCACGGAACGGUUCGAAAAUCCCCGUGUCAUCAUCAACACCCACAACCGUGGCCUUCUGUCUCUGAAGAAAAUGACGAAGGAAUCUCACCGUGAGCUGCGACAGUUGGUUGAUGAUUGCUCCAGGCACAUCGAGAGCCUCCGUUACCUGAAACAGGACCUCCUCGGUGUGUCAGAACUGAUCGUGGUGCAUCUACUUGCAUCAGCCCUCGAUCCCGUUACUCGGAAGCAGUGGGAAGCAACCAUCGUUCGAGGAACGCUUCCGAAGUACGAAGACGUGAUGAAGUUCCUGAAGCAACAGUGUGACAUCCUGGAGAAUUGCGAAACGUCAGCUCAAGUCCCCACUCCUCGUGCGGAAAGAUCGAACGCAAGGGCCGCAGAUCCAUCGAAGCCAAGUCCGAAGUCCAAUCCGAAAAUUCUUGCUGCUUCUACUAGCGGCGAAACAUGUGACUUCUGCGGUGAGUUCCACAAAAACUUCCAGUGUGAGCAGCUGCAAUCCAUGACCGUACCCCAGCGGGUCGAGAAAGCACGUUCCAUGGGCAUGUGCUUCAAUUGCCUGAGGAAGGGCCACCGGCUGAAGGAUUGUCCAUCCGAUCGAAAGUGUUUGAAGUGUCGCCAGCGUCAUCAUACACAACUCCAUGACGAGACCAAGUUCAAGCCCAACCAACCCGAAAGCAGGACUGCCGAAGAACCCGUUCCGUCGGAUCCCGCUCCGAAGCCUGUGGUGAAGGAAGCUCAAGCCAGCAGUUCCAGUGCCCCCACACCGCAAGGCGCACACAACGUGACGUCGUCGUGUUCGCUUCAGGCAGCACCGAUCAAGAAAACCGUUCUCCUCCUGACGGCAGUGGUACACGUUUUCGAUGCUCAAGGUAAGCCUCACUGUUGUCGGGUUCUGCUAGACUGCGGGUCCCAAGUACACCUGAUCACGAAGGAGAUGGCCGAACGCAUCGGCGCAAAGAUUUCAUCGGCGAAUGUGAAGAUUUCCGGUGUCAACAAUCGGACAACCACCAGCAUGGAGAAAGCCACCGUCAAGUUCCGGUCCCGUUAUAGUGACUACCGCGCCACGGUAGAGUGCGUCGUGACCCCGGCGGUGACCGGCAGAAUUCCAAGCUCCCACAUCGACGUGACCGAUUGGUGCAUUCCUCCCGGGUUCCAAUUGGCCGAUCCUGAAUUCAACGUCCCUCAAGAAAUCGAUAUGCUGAUCGGUAAUGAGCUGUUUUUCAAGAUCAUCCGGUCCGGUCAGUAUCGGCUGGCAGAGCACCUACCAGAGCUACGUGAUACUCAUCUCGGGUGGGUAUUCACCGGUGAGCUGGAAGAAGCGUGUCAGCAAGGUCCAUCGUAUUCCCACACGAUCACCGUCGAGAACGUGUAUGAAGCCCUGCAACGAUUCUGGACCGUCGAAGAAGUUGCCGAUCAAGAACCCAUCUCAUCUGAAGAAGUAGAGUGUGAGAAGCAUUUCCGCUACACACAUGAACGCACCGACGAAGGAAGAUUCGUUGUGCAACUCCCACUGAAGGAAAACGCCUCCCAGCUGAGUGACUGCAGGUCGGUCGCUUUGAAAAGAUUCCACCUCCUCGAACAACGUCUCGUUCGGAAUCCGUGUCUCCGAGAGCAGUACUUGCAGUUCAUCAAGGAGUAUGAGCAGCUCGGCCACUGCAAGCAAAUUGACGAAAGCAGAGAUCCUUCCAACGUCCAAAAAUGCUACCUGCCACACCAUGCUGUUAUCCGUCCAGACAGCUCGACGACGAAGUGUCGAGUUGUAUUCGAUGCAUCCGCCAAGCCGUCGCAGAAUGCCCUCUCCCUGAACGAUGUCCUCAAGGUAGGUGGUACUGUCCAAUCAGAUAUUCUUGAUAUUGUCCUGCGUUUUCGAAAGCACAAAUAUGCUUUCACGGCUGACAUAAGUAAAAUGUAUCGCCAAAUCGUGGUUGCUGCGAUGCAUCAGCCACUCCAACGCAUUUUCUGGAGAGAUAGUCCCGAGCAGCCUCUGAAAGUAUAUCAGUUGACCACCGUGACCUACGGUACAGCGAGUGCUCCUUUCCUUGCAACUCGCUGCUUAGUUCAGUUGGCUGAAGAUGGUCAUUCCGAAUACCCCCUGGGAGCAUCUACCGUUAAGGAAGAUUUUUACGUCGACGACGUGUUGUCUGGCGACGAUACGUUGGAAGCAGCGAUUGAACGACAGAAGCAGGUGAAGGAAUUGCUUGCUGGUGCUGGUUUCCCCAUCCAUAAGUGGUGUUCUAACUCUGACCUGAUGUUGGAGCACAUUCCAGAAAGCGAGCGUGAAAGUCCCAAGGCGCUCGAAGAACAAGGUAUCAACACGGUCAUUAAGGUGCUUGGUAUUUUGUGGGACCCUCGAAGCGAUGAUUUCCUGUUCUCUAUCAAAUCUCCAAAUUUCGAUGCUGAAUCCGAAUCCAACACGAAGCGAAGCAUAUUGUCCGAAAUUGCUAAGCUCUAUGACCCUCUCGGAUUCUUGGCACCCGUGAUUGUUCUGUCCAAGUUACUUAUGCAACAGCUGUGGCGUAGCAAAGUGGGCUGGGACGAGCCUGUCGAAGUAGAAAUAGCUGAACAGUGGGCACAGUUGAAGGCGUCACUCGAAGCAACAAACAGGAUGCGCAUCCCAAGGCGUGUUCUAAUUGACGGAGCAGUGUGCUACGAGCUUCAUGGGUUUGCUGAUGCUUCGAUGUCUGCCUAUGGAGCGUGUGUCUUCAUUCGAAGCGUAUUGGACGAGUCGGCGCAGUUACAACUCUUGUGCAGCAAGUCGAAAGUGGCACCUUUGAAGGAGAUUACGAUUCCGCGACUGGAAUUGUGCGCUGCACUUUUGCUGGCGCGACUGGUGAAUAAGGUGCUGCAAUCAAUCCAAAUGCCGUUUCAUCGUGUGGUGCUCUGGUCGGACAGCCAAAUUGUUCUGGCCUGGUUGCGCAAAUCCCCUGAUCAGCUUCAAGUGUUCGUGCGCAAUCGUGUGGCUGCAAUCCGAGAAGAAACAUCGGAUUUCGAGUGGAUGUACGUCCGGUCGGAGUUCAAUCCGGCUGAUAUAGUGUCGCGUGGGCAGAUGCCCAACGAAUAA